CGGCUUUAUGAUCCCUCCUAACAAAGGUCAAAAAGGUCAUCCAAUUAAUAUAAAAACACCGAAUUCGAAUAAAAUCAAAGCUUGAUAGUGAUAGCGUUGUCCCGUGAUUUUUUCUGUUUAUUGAAUAAUUUGAAUUUUUGAUUUUUUCUCAUUAUUUAAUUUCUAAUUAUGUCGAAAUUCAGUGGUGUUCAGCUAGCCCAGCCAAUUGAGGUUUUUGAGCUUAUGAGAGCUUUCAAUGAAGAUACAUACAGCAAUAAAGUAAAUCUAGGUGUUGGUGCCUACAGAACUGAAAGUUGUGAACCUUGGGUCUUGCCGGUGGUAAGGAUUGCUGAAAAAGCAUUAGCUAAUGAUGAUAGUUUGAAUAAGGAGUAUUUGCCCAUAUUGGGUCUUGAAGCAUUCAGCAAAGCCGCUACUUUAAUGCUAUUAGGAGAAGAAAGCAGUGCCUUAAGGGAAAACAGGGCAUUUGGAGUUCAGAGCUUGUCAGGAACUGGAUGUUUGAGAGUGGGAGCUGAAUUUUUGCAUUCUCAAUUAGGAUGUACAGUUUUUUAUUACUCAAAGCCAACAUGGGGAAAUCACAAGUUGAUCUUUAAAAAUUCAGGCUUCACUGAAGCUCGUGAAUAUAGAUACUGGUCAGAAUCCAGCAGGGGCCUUGAUAUCGAAGGAAUGCUUGAGGAUUUAGACAAAGCUCCAGAGAAUUCUGUUAUCAUUCUCCAUGCAGUUGCUCAUAAUCCUACAGGUUGUGAUCCAACUCAAGAACAAUGGGCCCGUAUUGCCGAUGUAAUGGAAGCUAAAAAAUUGUUCUGUUUCUUUGAUUGUGCUUAUCAAGGUUUUGCGAGUGGAGACUUGGAUAAGGAUGCAUGGGCUGUCAGAUAUUUUAUUUCAAGAGGAUUUGAAAUGUUGAUAGCACAAUCUUUUGCCAAGAAUUUUGGAUUAUAUAAUGAAAGGAUUGGUAACUUGACUGUUGUUGUUAAGGAUAAUGCUACUAUACCAUGUCUUAAAUCUCAAUUCACAGUACUUGUACGAGGAAUGUAUUCAAACCCACCUAGCCAUGGAGCUAGAAUAAUUGCUUAUAUUUUAAACAAUCCUGAUCUUUAUGAGCAAUGGAAACAACUUGUGAAAACUAUGGCUGAUCGUAUAAUGGAAAUGAGGAAAGAACUCAGAGGUGCCAUUGAGCGUAUGAAUGCACCUGGGAAGUGGGACCACAUAACUUCUCAAAUUGGAAUGUUUUCAUAUACUGGUUUAAAUGAGGCCCAAUCGGAAUAUAUGGUUAGAAAACAUCAUGUUUAUAUGUUGAAAUCUGGGAGAAUAAGUAUGGCUGGACUUACAACAAGAAACAUAGAAUAUGUUGCGAAAGCUAUUGUUGAUUCUCUAGCACAUGCUAACUAAAUGUGAUAAAACGCGAUGUGAAGGUCUACUAUUUUUGCUAAAUAUUUGGAUUGUUUUUGCUAUUCAAAGAUUUCUAUGUAUUUGAUAUAUAAUACACUAUAUAUUUUUUA